AUGCCUCAGACUCUCGAAAAUGCGUUCACUCUCGAUAUUAACCCUUUAUCCGUCUCCAUUGGGGGAAUUUCUGCCGGUGCCCAUCUUGCUUGCGUCCUCCAGCACCGCGCUCGCGACGCCAACAUCGCCCUGAAGCUUCUUAUUGCAGCCGUGCCUCCACUCGCUGACCAUGAUCAAUAUGAAAAGCCCACAGACUCUCCUUGGCCAUCCUUUUCCGAGUUCUCUCAUAUUCCUAUGCUAAAUUGGGAACGCAUGAGUUUUUUCAAGCAACAGGCCUUUCCGACCGAGAAGCUGGCAAACAUUCGUCAUAUGUAUCCUGCGUGGUGGAUCUCUCCUCUGCGGGCCCCGAACUUUGCAAAUCUUUGCGAUACUUUCAUUGCAACAGCCGAGUGUGAUAUACUUCGUGACGAGGGCGAGGCAUAUGGAAAGAAGCUUAUAGAAGCGGGAAACAGAGUCACAUUCAGAAGAUAUCUCAAGGUUCCGCAUUCCUUCAUGUACAUGACUUCGGUCCUUCCUCAGGCGGAGCAAUAUCAGGAGGACGUUUUCAAUGCGCUUAGAGUUGGUCAUGGGCUCUGA